CCGCUGUCUGUUUAGUACGUUCAGCACCGGCGAUUCGUUCAGGUGUGACAAAAAGUACCUAAUAAAUAUAAGCGGGACGAUGGCGAAUUUUUUUUGCGUCCUUAUACUAAUCAUCUGUCUUCAGCUCCGGGAUGCAUUUAGUGAGAAUCUAACCUAUCUUAGUGUCAGUGAUUGGUGGGAAAAAGCCGGUUUCUAUCAAAUCUAUCCCCGGUCCUACAAGGACAGCAACGGCGAUGGUAUUGGCGAUCUGAAUGGAAUCACAGAAAAACUGCCCUAUCUUAAGUCUAUCGGAGUUAAGGCAUUCUGGCUUUCGCCCAUUUACCCAAGUCCAAUGGCCGAUUUCGGUUAUGACAUUUCCGAUUUCCGGGGCAUCCAGCCGGAAUAUGGCACGAUGGCGGACUUCGCCGCUAUGGUUGCAAAAAAGAACGAAUUGGGACUGAAGCUGAUUCUGGAUUUCGUUCCCAAUCAUUCGAGCGAUGAGCACGAGUGGUUCAUCAAGAGCGAACAAAAAGUUUCAGGCUACGAGGAUUAUUACGUCUGGCACGAUGGGACGCCCGGUAGUGAUCCGACGCGAAAUGACCCACCGAAUAAUUGGGUAGAAGCUUUUCGUGGAAGCGCCUGGAAAUGGAGCGACAAGCGGAAGCAGUAUUAUUUGCACCAGUUCCACUACAAACAACCGGAUCUCAACUAUCGUAACCCCACCGUUGUUACCGAGAUGAAAAACGUGCUCACCUUUUGGCUAGACCAGGGAGUUGACGGAUUUCGCAUAGAUGCAGUCCCAUGUAUGUUUGAGGAUGAAAACUUUCCCAAUGAACCUCCGUCUGGAAAUUCGGACGACCCACUACGUCCGGAAUAUCUGAACCACAUUUACACGCAAGAUUUGCCAGAAACGGUUGACAUGGUGUACCAGUGGCGCGAAUUGUUGGACAAUUACAAGAAGCAAAAAGGGGGAGACACGCGAGUUUUGAUGACGGAGGCAUGGUCAAGCCUAGACAUUGUUAGUACCUAUUUUCAAGAUCAGAACAAACGCCAGGGUUCGCAGAUGCCGUUCAAUUUCCAACUAAUAAUGCGUUUGGAUCAAAACUCCAAGGCAGCCGACUUUAAAACCGUUAUUGAUUCGUGGAUAAAAACCGUACCUUCUGGACACGUUCCGAACUGGGUUCUCGGGAAUCACGACAAACGACGCGUAGCAUCUCGAAUGGGAGGAGAGCACAUGGCCGAUCUGAUGGAAAUGGUCGAAUUAUCUCUGCCAGGAGUAUCGGUUACCUACCAGGGUGAAGAAAUCGGCAUGACUGACUACGAACUGACUUGGGCGGACACUAAGGAUCCAGCCGCUUGCCAGACUUCUUCAACUGAUUAUCAAAAGUACACCAGGGAUCCGGCUCGUACUCCCUUCCAUUGGAACACCACGUCGAUGGCAGGUUUCACGAUGGGAACCUCCACAUGGUUACCAAUAAAUCCAAUAUAUACAACAGUCAAUGUAGAAACUGAACUGAAUACUGACAAGAGUCACAUUAAGGUGUUCAAGCGGCUAAUGGAACUACGCGAUAAGGACGAAUUCCAUACAGUAUCAUAUGGAACGGACACGCUAGGGGAGAGCGUAUUCGCCAUUUUACGUUCGGGACCGGUUUUACACAAGUCUAGAGUUUAUGUGACUCUGGUUAAUAUCGCCAAUAAGGACGCUACAGUGAACGUACAAAAUGUGUUCAAGAAGUUUGAGAUUGAGCCAGUGGAUAAGCUAUACGUCGAGGUAGCUAGUGUUUCAUCUGGACGAUCCGAGGGGGAUUCCAUCAAAACGGACAGUUUGCUACUACUACCGUACGAGGGGUUGGUCCUAAGGAGCACUGCAGUAACUUUAAUUCUUAGCAAACUACUAGUCUUGAUUGCAAUCAUAAAAGCCUUCUUAUUUCAGUAAACGUGAUAUGUAGAUAAAUUAUACAGAAGACAAAUAAAACGCAAUAGUGUAGUUUUUUUAAA